UCUGAAGUGCUAGAUUUGUGCAUGUGAUUUCAUGUAUCAACAUAUUUUUUGAGCCAUAAAUUGAAUCCAUUUAUUUCCAAAACGCAAGUGUUCAGUGCCUUUCUUGUUUAUCUGUAGCUUAAGUUGUAGUUGACUUUUUUUAGGUUGCGAUAAUGAAGCGUGUUCGUCAUCCUAAUGUUGUGCUCUUCAUGGGUGCGGUUACACAACGGUCACAUUUGUCAAUCGUGACAGAAUAUCUACCAAGGGGUAGUCUAUACCGCCUCAUCCAUAGGGCAGAUGCUGGUGAAGUUUUGGACCAAAGGAGGCGCUUACGCAUGGCUCUGGAUGUGGCCAAGGGUAUUAACUAUCUUCAUUGUCUUAGCCCUCCAGUAGUUCACUGGGAUCUUAAAUCUCCAAAUCUAUUGGUUGAUAAAAAUUGGACGGUGAAGGUACAUCUAUGA